CUCUGCCUUUCAUCCUCAUAUCUAUAAAUGAUAUUGAGGUGGACAGGAUAUAACAGAAGGCAUGAGGGCCACUCCUUGAAUCACAGGUGUAUACUCUCUCACCAAAUAUUUAUAUAUAUACCCUCUCUCCAAACAUCACCUUUGCAUACUGAUUUUCAUGUGUUCCAAGGGGAGCCUUGUUUAGAUCAGUCCAUGCAACUUAACUCCUUCACCUCAAAACAAUCCCAAUCUCAGCUUCACACUGGCAGGAACUAUUUUCUCUCUCCCAGACAGACAACGCAGCCAUGGCAAUAAAGUGAGUUUCUUUAUGUCUGAUUCUGUAAAUUAAUAACUCCAUUUUUCAACGUAAAUUACAACUUGCUACAGAAAUGUGAAGUGUCGUAUGUCCAUUUUGGGAUUUAAAUCGAUAUAAAUAUAUAAUGUAUUGGAUAACAGGUCAUUUGAAUUUUUGAUGCUCUGUUGACUGGACAAAAAAAAGAAACGAAUUGAUGAAAACGAUAUUAAUCUAUUUUCUCUCCAGGUGUGAGGUAGAUUUGAUAUUGUGUUUUGAGAACCACUGAUUACUGCGCUAGUGAUGGAUCUCAACACUCUUUUCAAGGGUAGAUUUUGUUGCUUUCCCAAGGACCCGCUUGAAGAGGCUGAGACUUGGGGAGAGUCUGUGGACAAACUCCUGGGUUGUAAACCCGGGCAGGCGGCUUUCCGAGAAUUCCUUAAAUCAGAGUAUAGUGAGGAGAAUAUUCUGUUUUGGCUGGCCUGUGAGGAGUACAAGAACAUCACGUCUCUUCCAGAGAUGAUCUCAUCUGCAAACAGGAUCUACUCAGAGUUUGUAGAAUGUGAAGCACCGAGACAGAUCAAUAUUGAUUGUGGGACCAGAGAAAAUAUCACCAAGAACAUCUCUCAGCCGAGCCUGACCUCUUUCGACACGGCACAGAAGUUGAUCUACAGUCUGAUGGCCAGGGAUUGUUACCCACGAUUCCUCAAGUCAGACGUCUACCAGGAUAUGCUGAGGGGAGCAAGGUGACUCUCAAACGACAAACACUCUAAAAGUGUUUCUCAACCUUUUAUGUACCACAGAUUGGCAAGAUAUAUAUAUAGUCCCUCCAUCCAUGGAGGACCACUUAGAUUAAAGGGGUAAUUCACUUUUUGGAGGUGUUAUCUUAUUUUCAAUUGACCUAGGGUUUUGUUACCUGGGAUGUAGUUUAGCGAUGUCCAGAAUAUCCUGGCUAGAAUUUUUUUACCUUUUACGGCAGUGGGCUAAAUCAGGGUCACACGGAGUGAUUCUUGGUGGUCUUAAACAAAUCUACUUUGAAACAAAAGUAUACACCUCACACACAUGGUUAUGGGCUUACAAAAAAGAAGAAACGUGAACCAUGUCAGAUAUAGAGUUGAAAUGUAUUCAGUUUUGAGUUUGCAUCCCAAUAUUACACUUGAUAUACAUCACAGAAGACUGAAAUAUAACAAAACUGAAAUACCAGAUUUUUGUUGGGCUUUUUUAAUCAUCUUUAUUAAUGAUGAAAUUAUUAAAUAUAUAAAUAACAUUCCACCCAUGAGGCCAAAGACGGAACUUUUGGUCAUUGACUGCAGGAAAAGGCUACAUGUAGCAAUGCAAGUGGAAAUGUAUUGUAUCAUAGUGAUGCAAAAUAGUGAACUAUCCCUUUAAUGUGUGGCAAUCCUUAAUUGAAAUAACAAAGUGGGAAACCUCUCCUCUGUUUUGGUAAAAAGCUGAGGAAUGGGCCUGAAGAAAUGUAACAACGUUUACAACAUUGGAGUAAAAUAAGAUAAUAUUUGGGGUUCUGGUGGGUUUUGGCAGUUGAACUAUACUCGUGAGGUAUAUUUGUCAAGACUCAAUGGGUACAUAUCAUUAAUCUAUACCCCCAAAAAUUGAUUUCGCAACUGCAGAUUGCCCCAUUAAAACUAGCACUUGAGAACAGACUAAAUGGCUGUCAGCUAACCAUCUAACCAGAAAUCAUCUAACUGGUCCAGAGGUUGAGAAACACUACUCUAAAACAUGGUUGGUUCCAGCCCUGAAUGCUGAUUGUCUGACAGCUGUGGUAUAUCAGACCGUAUAGCACGGGUAUGACAAAACAUUUAUUUUUACUGCUAUAAUUACGUUGGUAACCAGUUUAUAACAGCAAUAAGGCACCUCAGGGGUUUGUGGUAUAUGGCCAAUAUACCACGGCUAUAGGCUGAUAUCAGAGAUAGCUUUUCUUAAACUUGUGACUACAUUUCAUGGGUUGAUUUCAUUCUCACUUAAAAUAGAAGAGGAAUUACUGUAUAUAUUAUAAUGUGUGAAAUGUUGUUGUAUUUCACUGUUAGAGACUAAAGUUGCUGUUAGAGACUAAAAGUUACCCCUUUUGACCAUAAAUUAAAUGACAAAAUAAGCUCUUAAUUUGUAUCAAUAGUAUUAUCACUUUUGUAAUUUUAUGUAAUCAGAUACUGUCUCAAAUUGAAACUGUCUCAAAAUUAUCUGAAUGAAUCAAGCAUCAUAUUCAAAAUAAAAUAAA